AACACCUGUAGACGCUAGUAUGUGAUUGAAUAUAGAACCCUGGCCAAUAUAUUGGUAGAUGUUGUCAGAGGUAGUAGUGAGCAUGAACGUCUCGCCGUCGGGGCAGUGAGUCCGUGUCGUGUAGUGCCGACCCCGUCACAAUGCCACCCCUGCCCUUGUGACCGUCCAGGCCGAACAAAGGGAUUCAUUCGUACACAAGUCGACGGCAGACGUAGAUAUACCACGCCCGUCUACCCCUCAAGAACACUUAAAGCCAUCGCUGUGCCAUAAAAUCGAACUAUUUCAAUACGUAAUCAGUGCAAUAAACGCGUCAAGUAGUGACCUCUGUGAUAUAAACUUGCCAUAAUGACCCGCCGUAAUAUCGAUAACGCUUCGGCAAACUCGUCCCCCGUAGGAGAGGAAAACGGGAUGACGUCACCACCACCCCCGCAGGCAUCGCCUGCGGAAAGGUCCCCAAUGAGGGUGGCGUCCGAUUCGCCUACAUUGUUGGCAACUAUGACGCCGGUAAACGUAAUGGACCUCAAGAAAGAAAUGGAGGAAGAAAGUGCCAUGGGGAGAACUCCCGUAUACACUCAGGUCAAAACCGAAGUACUUUACGAUAAAGAAGAGGAACUGUAUGCUCAAGGUAUUCCAGAUAAGAACGAUACCCCCAUAGAUUUAAUUUACGAAGACGGCAACAAAACAGUUAUUUACACAACGACGCCCGACCAGAAGGGGUUGGAGAUUUACUCGGCGGACAAUUCGGGCGAAAUAACGAUAAACAAUAUCAGUACGCAUCAAAUUCACGGCCAGCAAAUCGCAGACGUAUUGAUAGACGGUAAUUCGGGUACCAUGGUGAGUUCCAGCGGAGAAACGGUCGGUGGGUCGCCGGGGACGGUAUCGGUAGUACUGCAAGGUAGCGGGCAGGGGUUGCUUCAGUACCCACAGGCUCAGGUGCCCGGAACCACCGUUCUCGUAUUAUCCGAACUGGUGGACGACGUCGGGGUGCCGGUCGUCGGUCUUAGCAGAAAACGAAAAGACCACAUAGAUACAUCUUCGUCGCAGACAAGCAACGGAGAUUUGCCAGUGGUGGGUCAGCGUGGUAUGGCCGAAUUGCCUGAGGGGGCGACGCCUCCAGAGGAUCAACAGACUUGGAGAGCGUAUUACGAGCAUCCCUUAACCGCCGCCACCACUGCGAUGCUUAACAUAGGCGGAGGCGCUGAAGACCAGACCGCCACCAUGGGCCUUAUCUAUGAAUAUUACAAAUUGCCAUCUUUGCCGGCCGAUAGCAAGGAUAAGUUGGCCGACAUUUGGCCGCCGAGUUCCCAAGCCGGCGGUAUCCUAACGUCGCAACUGAAAGCGACCAAUGGAUUAGUAAGUGGGGCGGGACUAGAAUUGCCGACUCCGCCUCUGAGCACCGGCGGUCAAUUGAGCUCGCAAGAGUUGCAAGGUUUAUUUAUUAACCAACACGUCGGGUACGCACAGCCCGCGGCUACAGCCGGGCAAAACUUGCAGAUUGUCAAAAGGGAGCCCGAAGACUUGAGCCAUCACCGGAAACUCGACUGUAGCUCGCCGAGUUCCGGUAGUUUAGACGGUUCGAUAAUUAUAUCGAAACAAUCCCGACCGAAGGUCGUGUUGGUUUCCGCGGGCGGUGGUAACAACCAGCCCGGCGACCUGGUGGUGGACGUCAACUCCAUCAAGGACGAGAGUCACCGUGGACUCAACUCGCCCCAACACGGAUCUCGUUCGAUUAACGGCACCCCUACUUCGACUCACAGCAGCCUUUUGGCAGACGGCUCCAACACGGGGCCCAUCGAAUUCAUCUCCGCGGAUGGACUCAAACCGGGGAUGUAUACCACGCAGAUAUUUGCCUCCAUGAAUAACGCGGGGCAUCACGGGGGCAGCGGCACUCCGUCCCCGAUACCGUACAGUGAUCACGUCGCCCAAUAUACACAGAGCUCGAUGGGGGGCGGAGGUGGUGGCGGUGGUGGUUCGAUCGGUUCCGGCUCGGCCAUAUAUUCCACGUCCGGCGGGCGGCCGAGUAAUUCGGGUGCAUUUUCCGUGUCUUCCGAUCCGUAUUAUCGCGAAUAUUUCACCACCGUCGCGUCCGGUGCCGGCACCCCCGAACCGGUAUAUUCGAGUCAAUUACGUCAAGGCCAAAUCGCUUACGGCGAAGAGGCGGCCAGCGGGGGCGCGACCGCCAGUUUCGUGGAACGUUACGUACGUCAAGCGACUUACCACGGCAAGGGGGUGAUCGCCGCCGCUACCGCCGCCGGUCUUACCGUCGAUCUCCCUAGUCCGGACAGCGGUAUCGGGACGGACGCCAUUACGCCCCGCGAUCAGAACACGCUGCAGCAGUCAUUCGACUAUACGGAACUGUGCCAAACCAAUUCCACCCUCUUGGAUCCCCUAUCGCUGUCCCAAAGGAGUAAUAGCAGCGCUCAAUCUCCUGGUUCGCAACCGACGAGCCGAAGUAGACCGUGGCACGAUUUCGGACGACAAAAUGACGCCGACAAAAUCCAAAUCCCGAAAAUAUUUUCUCCUUACGGUUUCAAGUAUCACUUAGAAUCGCCGAUAUCCACAUCGCAAAGGCGCGAAGACGAUAGAAUUACGUACAUAAACAAAGGACAGUUUUACGGUAUCACGUUAGAAUAUAUUCCGGAUCCGGAUAAACAGCUCAAGUCACAGACCGUAAAGAGUAUUGUUAUGCUGAUGUUUAGAGAAGAGAAGAGUCCCGAAGACGAAAUAAAGGCCUGGCAGUUCUGGCACGGUCGUCAGCAUUCGGUAAAACAACGAAUUUUAGACGCAGACACAAAGAACAGCGUCGGCUUGGUGGGGUGUAUAGAGGAAGUAGCUCAUAACGCGAUUGCGAUCUACUGGAAUCCCAUGGAGAGCCCAGCUAAAAUAAACAUCGCCGUGCAGUGUUUGAGCACCGACUUCAGCAGCCAAAAAGGUGUGAAAGGUCUACCUCUUCACCUCCAAAUAGAUACGUACGAAGAUCCUAGAGAUACUAGCGUGUAUCAUCGGGGCUAUUGCCAAAUUAAAGUCUUCUGUGAUAAGGGCGCCGAACGUAAGACAAGGGACGAAGAAAGGAGGGCGGCGAAACGUAAGAUGACAGCGACAGGGCGGAAAAAGCUCGACGAGUUAUACCACCCCAUGUGCGAACGUUCCGAGUUUUAUACCAUGAGCGAUCUUAAUAAACCGCCUGUGUUAUUCUCUCCAGCUGAAGACAUUGAUAAAAAUAUAUUUUCGUUGCAGCUCACCUCAAUGGAACUUCAAGGUUUUUAUUCGCACGACGCUGACGGCUCCCUUAGCGGAUCGGUCGACCACGUGAAGACCGGGUCCCCUUUUUUACUCCAUACUGCCUCGAAACCUCCCACUACGCCUACCCUUAAGUUCCACAAUCAUUUCCCACCAGACGCCGACAAAAAGGAAAGUAUCCUGGAUAACAGUUUAACCACGGACGGUUCGAUGUUUUCGCCGCCAUUGAAACGGGCUAAAUUGAUGGGUGGUGCCGGUUCUGCAGGUCCACCCCCACUCAACGAACGUGUUAUGCUCUACGUCAGACAGGAGAACGAAGAGGUCUACACACCCCUACACGUGGUGCCACCGACGACCGUUGGACUUCUAAAUGCUAUUGAGAAUAAGUACAAAAUUUGCGCUUCGAGCAUAAAUAACUUGUAUCGCAAAAACAAAAAAGGCAUUACGGCCAAGAUUGACGACGACAUGGUCGCGUUUUAUUGCAACGAAGAUUUGUUUUUAUUAGAAGUAAAGGCAGUCGAUGAAGACUUAUACGAUAUAACAUUUGUGGAGUUGACGAACCAUUAAUCUAAAGAAGAACCUACUGAUAAUUUACGUACUUCAUUUCCAAUUGUUGUGAUUGUUUUUUUUAUACGAAGUAAUAUUAAGAACAAAGCGUAGAACUUUAUUAUUUGUUUAUAUUAGGUAUCUAGAAUGUUGAUUUUCACGACUUUAUCUAUUUUUUUAUAACCAAACUAAGUUAUUGUUAGUAUCUUGUUUUUUAUGUUUAUGUGACCAACGUUUGUGUUUGAGAAACAUUCACUUGGUCAUUCACAUUCAAUGUAAUUCUGUUAUAAAAUAUUUUGAGGUGGCAAUGUUUUUAUUGUUUCUGAGAAUUUAUGUCUAUUUUUUUAAUGUUUUGUUAAGCCAUAGUUUACCAAAAGUAUAGACUUAUAACACUUACUAUCACUUGGUCACCAAAUGAUCUCAAAAUUGAAUUAAUAUAAAUGAUCUAAACAUCACAGUAUACAAGAUUCAAACGCUUGUAUGUAUGGGAUGGGAAUAUAAGGGAAUCAUUCGUUGUAAAUAGCUUUAGAAUAUAUUAUGAUUACCUGUACAUAGUGACCAGCCAUGACGUAGAUAUGUAUGCGCGAUAUUUUGUGUCGCAAUAAAAAACCAUUUCUCGAUUUGAAGAAUGUACACAAGGGUCGAAAUAUACGUGCUUCUCAAAAAAAUCACACCAAAUUUUAGAAGGUAUGUAAUGAUUAAAAAAAUUAAAAUUUUUACACAUUUUUCACUUCGAAUAAUUUAUUUAUUUCAUAACGCGAGAAGAUUGUUUUAAGCCGCAUGUUGAAUAAUUAGUUUUGGAACAAAAAAACAAAGUUUUUUUUGACAUUGGGUUUUCCCAAAUUAAAAAUAAUAUAUAAACGCUCUAGAUGUAUUUUUGUAAUUUGGCAGUGCCCUUAAAUGUGUGUUCUAAUACAGAAAUGCGCUGUCUGUUCAAAAGCAACUCCGCAGUUUAUUUCUUUGCAAAAUCAUUUAAUAGGUGUUAUAUAUUGAAAAUAAUUUUUUGCGGUUACGGAAAUAGUUCGCUCUAUUAUUUUAAAUAUUUGCAUCCGUCUAACGAAUUGUUUCUAAAAUUGAGGUUCAGCGGGGAAUCAUGAAACCCCACUUAAGACAUACCGACAAAUGAAAAAUUCCAAAGUACCUGAUCUAUUAUGCUUUACAAGUAAUCCUAAUCGUUUUCCAAGCAACUCCGUUGUGAAUAAAAAUCGAAGUCAACUUUUGGAGUACAAUUCUUCACGCCCACUUCUGAAAUAUGCUUUUAGUAUGGAAUUCUACGUGGUACUGAUCUAACUAAAGAGAUUGUACAUUAUUUUUUUUAAUUUCUUUAAUUUAUUUUCUCGCGCGGCUGUUGUAGUUAGUUGCGCGCAUCUUCAAUUGAUAUUAUAGAUAUUUAGUUAAAUUAAGAUAGCUCUCUGUAUCCAAACUUUAGUUUAUCAAAAAUUUAGAUUACUGUAUAACAAUGACUUGUAUACAUUGAUGGGCCUCAUUUGUAUAGGUCGCAUCAGUGUUGUUUAUU